GCGGGCCCGGGGGCGGGGAGAGCGCGCGCCCCCAGCCCCCCUCCCCACCCCGGGAUGCCUGGCUGAGCCGGCCGGGCCGGGACAGGUGCGCGCACCGACCCCCCCACCCGCGCCCUCCCGCCCUCGCGCUCCCUCCCGCGCACUCGCGGCGGCCGCGGCUCCGAGGUGUCACCUCCCGUCGCCCUGACCUCGCCAUGCGGACCCCGCGAGCGCCCCCUCCCCGCCCGGCCCUACUGCUCCUGCUGCUGCUACUGGGAGGCGCCCGCGGCCUCUUCCCCGAGGAGCCGCCGCCGCUCAGCGUGGCCCCCAGGGACUACCUGAACCACUAUCCCGUAUUCGUGGGCCUCGGGCCGGGACGCCUGACCCCCUCAGAGGGCGCUGACGAUCUCAACAUCCAGCGGGUUCUGCGGGUCAACAGAACGCUGUUCAUCGGGGACAGGGACAACCUGUAUCGAGUGGAGCUGGAGCCCCCCACAUCCACGGAGCUGCGGUACCAGAGGAAACUGACCUGGCGCUCCAACCCCAGCGACAUCAACGUGUGUCGGAUGAAGGGUAAACAGGAGGGCGAGUGUCGAAAUUUUGUAAAGGUGCUUCUGCUUCGGGACGAAUCCACCCUCUUCGUGUGUGGUUCCAAUGCUUUCAACCCCGUGUGUGCCAACUACAGCAUGGACACACUACAGCCCAUUGGGGACAACAUCAGCGGCAUGGCCCGCUGCCCCUACGACCCCAAACACGCCAAUGUCGCCCUCUUCUCUGAAGGGAUGCUGUUUACAGCCACCGUUACCGACUUCCUGGCCAUCGAUGCAGUCAUCUACCGCAGCCUCGGGGACCGGCCCACUCUGCGCACCGUGAAACAUGACUCCAAGUGGUUCAAAGAGCCUUACUUCGUCCAUGCGGUGGAGUGGGGCAGCCACAUCUACUUCUUCUUCCGGGAGAUCGCGAUGGAGUUUAAUUACCUGGAGAAGGUGGUGGUGUCCCGCGUGGCCCGGGUGUGCAAGAACGAUGUGGGCGGCUCCCCUCGCGUGCUGGAGAAGCAGUGGACGUCCUUCCUGAAGGCGCGGCUCAACUGCUCUGUGCCGGGGGACUCCCACUUCUACUUCAACGUGCUGCGGGCCGUCACCGGCGUGGUCAGCCUCGGGGGCCGGCCCGUGGUCCUUGCCGUCUUCUCCACACCCAGCAACAGCAUCCCUGGCUCGGCAGUCUGUGCCUUUGACAUGACACAGGUGGCUGCCGUGUUUGAAGGCCGCUUCCGUGAGCAGAAGUCCCCUGAGUCCAUCUGGACACCCGUGCCGGAGGAUCAGGUGCCACGGCCCCGGCCCGGGUGCUGUGCGGCUCCUGGCAUGCAGUACAAUGCGUCCAGCGCUUUCCCUGACGAGAUCCUCAACUUUGUCAAGACGCACCCCCUGAUGGACGAGGCAGUGCCCUCGCUGGGCCAUGCUCCCUGGAUUGUUCGGACUCUGAUGCGGCACCAGCUGACGCGAGUGGCUGUGGACGUUGGCGCUGGCCCCUGGGGCAACCAGACUGUCGUCUUCCUGGGUUCCGAGGCGGGCACUGUCCUCAAGUUCCUUGUCUGGCCCAAUGCCAGCGCCUCGGGCACUGCCGGGCCCAGUGUCUUCCUGGAGGAGUUUGAGACCUACAGGCCGGACAGGUGUGGAUGGUCUGGCAGUGCUGAGACGGGGCAGCGGCUGCUGAGCCUGGAGCUGGAUUCAGCCUCGGGAGGCCUGCUGGCGGCCUUCCCCCGCUGUGUGGUCCGAGUGCCUGUGGCGCGCUGCCAGCAGUACUCAGGAUGCAUGAAGAACUGUAUUGGCAGUCAGGACCCCUACUGCGGGUGGACCCCCGAUGGUUCCUGCAUCUUCCUCAGCCCUGGCACCAGAGCCACCUUUGAGCAGGACGUGUCUGGGGCCAGCACCUCAGGCUUAGGGGACUGCACAGGACUCUUGCGGGCCAGCCUCUCGGAGGAGCGCGCCGGGCUGGUGUCAGUGAACCUGCUGGUGACGUCGUCGGUGGCGGCCUUCGUGGUGGGCGCCGUGGUGUCCGGCUUCAGCGUGGGCUGGUACGUGGGCCUCCGCGAGAGGCGCGAGCUGGCCCGCCGCAAGUACAAGGAGGCUUCUUAG